AUGGAUCGACUUUGUCACAAAGUGUCCAAUGCAUGUACACAAGUCAUUGCUUUAGAGGUAAAGAAUGCAGCAGCCAAACAGACUACCACCAAAGUGAAGAAGAGGACACAUGAAGAUGAUAUUCCUCCAGUGAUUGACAAGGAUUCCACACAGCUCAAAGCAUACAAACAGCUCGAGUGCCACAUUCAAUCUUCCACAUCAAAGACUCCUAGUCCUCCACUGCUUUCACAACAGUGUGACUUUAAGUCUGCAGCCCAGAUCCCUAACACAAUGCUGCCAGACUAUCCAAAAAUUGGGGUGUUGCUUGCGCUGAUUGAUGCCAAAAGACCAGAACUGCAAAUUCAUGAACUUGAAACAUCCCUGCUAGAUGCAGGGGUGGUUUUGUCGAGCCAAGUAAUGCUUUUACUGGAGGAUGUGUUGAGUGUCAUUGGUGAUAUGGGGCAAAAUCAAGCCAGAAUCCUCUGCAAUUUCGCUAAACAGAUAGUUCUGCCACUCCUUGGACUCCUCAAUUCCUACAAGGAGCCAGAAGCACCUAGCUCAGGGACUCAGGACAAAGGGAAGGAACAUGCUAUUGAGACUGAAUAUGAUAUGUGGCAGGAAGGAGAAUUGGAGUAUGGAAGUGGCAAGUAUGACAAGUAUGAGAGCAGGUGA